AUGAUUGAUAGGAAUUUUAAGAAGAUGGAAAAGGGUAGGAAAGAAGGGAACGAUAAUCGAAGAACAUAUGGCAUUUAUACAACAAGUCUACAGCACAACCCAGACUCUACAGAAAGUCUGCAGAGUUUUGCAUCGUUAAAAAGACCGAUAUCAAAUCCGAACCUUUACCAAAGAAGCACUCAUGAUGGAAACAUUCCUGGAGUUAUAAAGGCUGUUAGAGUAGCGAAGCAGUCGCAUGCCAAGAUACCUGAGAAAGUAAUGUGUGAUGAAAAUCCGAUGGAUGGUGUGAUGCAUCUCAAGUUUGACAGGGGCGGAAUAAAAAUGAACGAUGAAGGCCUAUAUGAUGUCAAAAAUAGUAAAAAGGGAAAAACGUCUUCCGACCAUGGCGUGGCUCUCAGUCCAAAUAGAGACGAGUUUAAGCUUAUUGAUGAUGCAAGAUUGUUCCUCAACUUUAUUAAAAAAAUCCAUAGCCCAGCCACAAGCAGCAACUUCAAUGAAAAUGAAUAUUCCAAAUACAAAAGCUAUGAUAAUUCCUGUGAAAAAAACUACAGUGAAAGUCCUGAACUAGAUAAUAGCUCGAUUACCUGUCUCAACACCUCGCCUAUGCAUUCCUACGAGUAUCUAAAGCCGAAUGAUUUUCCUUCUUCCCUAGCUCAGACCCUUUCUUACUGUCCUCCUAUUGAUCCGAAAAGAGAGCCAAUUCCUGAAAACGCUAAAUCCCUGUCCAAAGCUGUUGUCAAAUUGAAAAAUUUUUCAAUUGAAGGGAUAAAAAAAGAGAUUGCAGGUGACAACAAUGCAGAACUAAUAGGCUGCGACAUGAUACGAAGUAGACCGCUAAUUCAAGAGCUUAAUGACAAUUCAGAAAGAAAGAAAAUGGACCAAGGCAGCAGAAAUCACUUUGAUAGUUCUAGCUACAAAUAUUGCAAAAAUGAAUGUGAUCUUGAUCACAAAAAGCAGGACAGAGAUAGCUUUUGUGGUUUUAGCUAUGAUCAUCGGCAUUCCUAUCUAUUUACUAAAAAGGACAGUAGAUCUGAAAAUCGAUUGAUGGAUCAAAAUAAGCUCAACAAUCUGUCAACGAAGCCAGGAAAUACGAAUCAAAGCAUUACUUUAGAACAUCCCGAAAAGGAAGACAUAAAAGGUGCAGCCAUAGAACAAGCCAAGAGAAAAGGCAGGGGUGAUAAUGAAAAUAGUAGAAUAUGUGGAGGUUCUUUUGGAAACUUUAAUCCAAGCUGCAAAAUAAUUACAGCGAAAAGACCUUCAAGGAAUAUCAAGGACUAA